AUCACACGAAAUGUCAAAACUGUGCAAUUAUUUGCAGCGUAGUGAUUUCUUGUGUCCGUUCGUACGAGUUUUCUCCGCCGGAAUCGAGUUCAAUGCGUAAAUUCGUGCUACGAAACUACGGAAAGUUUAGCUUGUUAAAUAGUGUUUUCAUCCAAGUCACAAUUGCGAUGUAAUUACAGCGAAAAAUGAUAAAUCCAACAUAUCGGUUGGAUGGUGAAUUGGGAUAGCAAGUUUCUAAGCAUCCAGGGUGUGAUAAUUAUUUUUCUCUGCCGAUUCGUAUCUGUUCUAUCUCCGUCUUCACCGAGUCUCCGAUCUGGAAGAUUUUUCGGAGCUAUCGUGUAUACAAAAAUAACUCCUUAUCAAUUAUUUCUCCAAACAUCUUCGCGAGUGUGAGCAGCCACCGGAAGAAGUGUACAAUUUCAACACAGAACUGCCGAGUAGCAGGAGCACCUAAUUGCGAUAAUGGAUUUAGUAGACAUCGACAAAGUGUUGGAUGAUUUGGAGCUGAAUGAGGAUAAUUGCAGAAAUCUAACUCCUUCGGUCGCAGCACCAGAAGUAAAGAUUGCAACAGCUACAGGCAUCACACCGGAAAAGGCAUCAAAAUAUUCAACUUCGCUGAAACACGUGUCGAACUCAAAAGUAAGCGCUCAACCACCAGUCCAUGAGAAUGGAACCAACGCAUCCAAUACCGUACAUACGGGCACCAGCAGUAGCUGCAUCAGUGGCCCAGAAAAGGAUGUUGCUAAAACUAAGCCAAAAACGAAUGUGGUGAACGUUUCUACUGUAUUCUCGAGUCUUAAUGAGUACGUCAACGCAGGAACGGAGCUGGAAGAGAAGCUCCAACAACAAGUUGAAACACAAAAGGCGGCUCUGACCGUAGCUGUUAUCGAGAAGAACGGCACCGAUUCGAGUAAUGGUGACAACAAACCUCUGAUCUCACCGUCCAGUUCGUCAAUUUCUACCGAGUCUCACUCGUCCUCGUUGCUCGAUGUACGGGGAUCUUCUUCGUCCAGCACCUCGAACAGCUCCAAUUCGGGUCGCAAACGGAGCAAUAGUAGCAGCGUCACAUCGUCAACUUCCACCAGUGACGUUGACGAAGACGACGAGGCGCACGGACAUGAACGAUUCAACGAAGGAUUGUCUUUGAGCGCGGGGGAUUAUAUUCUGGAUUCAUCGGAGAAUACAACGCUGGCAACGACGAACGAAGACCAGCCGGUGAGUCAGGUGGUGUUGGAGAAAAAGUCGGGCCCCAGCGAACAGCAGGACACAUCAGCGUUUUCGUACAAAAACAGUCUGUAUUCGGACACGCUGAGUAACGAUGUUAUUAACCUAGAAGGUAUUUCAUCGAUAUCUUCUAUCGUGGCAGUUGACUUAACAAGUGCAGGCCAAGGAGACAAACCAGUGGAGGGGAUUUUAAUACCACGCCAGAGAGAACACAAAAAAGAGGAUGCCAUGCUGGCUCAAUCUGAGAUCAUUGAAGAGGAUAGAACCGAAGUGAAGAAGGUCGUUGGGUUUGAAUCUACGAUGGAUGAUGUAUCUGAUACGGAAUUGGAGAGCUAUCUGCAGGAACUGGAAGAAUACGAUAUCCAUCAGAACAUUGCACCUGGUCCAAGCGCAGCGUCAGCGAGUUCAACUGAUCCGCAACCUGUAGUGGAAGAGAGCAAGGAAGAAUUUGAAGAAAAAGAUAAAAAAGACACUGUCAGCAUCGGAAGUCAUAACAGUAUUGAAACCAGAAGUGACGAAAGCAUCCCGGAAUCAAAUAGAGGAGAAAAUGACGAUGAUCUUAUUUCUCAAGCGUCUACCCUCGAGUUUAACGAUCUGGCAGCAAUGGCAUCCGCCAACGGCACCAACGAAGUACCAGAUGUUCAUGUAGAUGAUAUUCCGGACAAUGAGGUGAUGGAAUUCCAGCAAGAACCAGUCGAUGAUGGGAGUGAAAUCAAAUUUAUCGACUGUACGGAAACGGAGUCCGCCGUUAUACGAGAACAUCAAAAUGUAACUGAGGAGGCUGGCGAUGACAACGUUGAACAGUUAGUACGCGAGCAACAUGUGACACCUCCAAAGGAUACGUUAGAGUCUGAAAGAGUUCCUUUGCCCAGGCCAAGCUCUCUGGAACUGCCACAGCUGGAUAAUUUUAGCGAAAAGCAGAGCUCUCCUGGUCAUACACCGCCCUCGUCAAUAUCUCAUGGAAUUGAUUCAGAUCAGGGUCUCACUCUUUCUUCCACGAGUUCAGAUGACUUUGUACCAUCGAUUGCGAUAGUUCCUCAGCCACCAUCGGCCCCGCCAACGGAAGACAGUGAAGGACUUAUUCACCAACCGCCCGGUGGCGGUCUGUCCUCGGGUGAUUAUCGACCCUCGGCUGUCUUAAGCAGUGUCCACUCUCAGCUGGGCAAAAUUCCUCCAUUCUGGGUACCGGACAACUCGACCAAUUUCUGCAUGCAAUGUAACCUCAAAUUUUCAAUAAUCAAACGGCGCCAUCACUGCCGUGCGUGUGGACAACUGCUGUGUUCAGCUUGCUGCUGUCUGAAAGCCAAACUUGAAUACCUCGGAGACGUUGAAGCACGCAUCUGUAUUAGCUGCGACAUAAUUCUCAACCAGCAGCAGCAAGCACUAGAAGAGGCGCAAUAUGGGUCCCAGUUCGAAAUAGCCGCCGGUGCAUCUGGUCUUCCAUCAAACCGCCAACCAAAUCCAAACAAUCCAAUGGAGUACUGUUCAACUGUACCACCGUUCCAACAGGCCAACAUCCACCCUCACUCUCCCAUUUCUGUGAUGGUUCCAGUUGGUGUGCUGAAACGCGCUGGAGCUCCUCCACGCUCCAACCGCAAAGAUAAGACUGUGAUCUUCAGCGACGGCAUUCGGCCAGGUUGCGAUCUGACCGAGCUGGACGAGAACUGGGAUGCCCAGCCGAAAACUUCUUCCGUGUUGCCGGCAGGGGAGAAGAAGCGAGGUCGUGUACAGACACCAGUCUCGGAUGGUUCCCCGCUGAUUUCCAACAUUGUAAAAUCGUUGAUACCUCCGGAGGAGAACAAGUUGCCACCGAUACUGCAGCAGGUAUCCAAAACCGAAACAAAACAUACAGAGGUCGACAACAACGAGGCUUUGAUCGCUAGCCUGAAAGACGGAACGUUGACGUUCGCGCUGCUGCGUAACUUUCAUGUGCUGGUGACGAUCGUGGAGUUGAGUUGUUGUAUCAAUAAAACUGUGAUCAAUUUUACGACGUGUGGAAUGCACUAUGUGGGGCAGGACGAGUUGGUUAUCCUGUUGGAGUUGGGCGAUUCGCUCAUGCUUCCGAAGGACAUUUUUGUGCACUUGAAUGAUAUAUUUCAGGACGCGGACGGUGGUAGCACCAUCAGUGAGCUGGGCUUCAGUCCUGCACGUAACACAAAUUUUCUUGGCUCGAAAAAUCACGGCGGAUUCCUGUACGUCAGACCAACCUAUCAGUGUAUGCAGAAUGUGAUUACACCGGAUGCCCCUUACCUAGUGGGUGUACUGGUACAUCGCUGGGAGGUACCCUGGGCUAAGGUGCUGCCUUUAAGACUAAUGCUGCGGCUAGGUGCCCUUUACAGAUAUUAUCCGAGUCCCCACGUGAGCGUUCGUGACCGUGAAUCGGUUUACGUCGAAAUUGCCCAAACCGUUAUCAAUCUGCUGGCAGACUUCAGAAACUAUACCUACACAAUUCCGACUGUUCGUGGAAUGGUAAUACACAUAGAAGAUCGCAAAACCAGUAUCCUCAUACCCAGGAACAGAUAUGAGCAAGUUAUGAAGGUGUUAAACAGUUCAAACGAUCAGAUUUUGGCUCUUGGUGGAAAUUUCAGUAAGGUGGCCGAUGGCCAUCUAGUGUGUAUACAGAACACAGAGUCAGGCUGUCCAGAGGCUACCCAAUAUUCUACACAGGCUAUAAACAUCGAAGGUCAACCACGAAAAGUUACUGGUGCGAGCUUCCUUGUGCUGAAUGGCGUGUUGAAACCAAACAGUGGUUUGGUCGGCAAAUGUAGCAUCGUGGAGGAUGGUUUGAUGGUUCAAGUCCCACCGGCGAAAAUGAGCACCAUCAAGGAGGCGUUGAAGAACAUGAAGGACUACCGAAUUGUUUGUGGACCGGCCGAGGGUGACGAUAGUCAGAAAGAAAUAGUCAGUAUCGAGUGGAGUGAGAACGAUUUGAACUUCAAUAUUGGAGUAGUUUCGCCCAUCGACAAAAAACCUUUGAACGGAGUGCCUAGUAUAAGAGUGCAUAGGGGGACUGAUUAUUCCAAUGCCAAUCACAUCAUCCGCUGGACGGAAGUCUUCAUCAUCCAGGGAGACGAAGAGUCGAACCAUCCGGGAGACCCCAUCAACAUGUCGAAACUGUCAGAACAGAUUGCCAAGAGCGCAUGUACUGCACUGGUCGCCUUUCUAGAUCUGCUGGCGUCAAAUGGAUUUCUCAAGUUGGGGCUACGAAUAAUGCUGGAUUCUGAGAAUGUAUCUUACGAAGCUGGGAGCAAGUUCAACAAAUUGGGCCCACUAUAUAUGAACGCGUUGGACAACGAGUUAAUUGGCACGCUUAAUCGACAGGCAAAUAGCCUCCACCUAGAUCAGCAGAUCAUCAUCGAAUUGAUUUUUCAUAUUCUGGACAAAUAAACGUGGAUGUAAUAUACCAUACGAAACGCUAUAGCAGUGUUUUAACGGUCGGAAUGCGUCAGCCACCUAAAUGGAACUAUUCAUAUACACAUCUCACUGUACUAAUGAUGUUUAACAAAUAGAGAUACUCUAGUGGGUGAAAGGCGUUAGUGUAGCGGGUUUUAGUGAUGAGAACAGUUAGGUUACUCAAACGAUAUUAACAAAGUGCAUAUAAUAUAACGUAUUGUUGCAAAUCGGAAGUGAAUUGAUUCGCACGUGGUCGAACGGAAGCCUGUGUUAGUAUAUUUACAAUCGUAAUGAUAAGUAACUUAAGUUGAACGAAAGUACUAAGAGAUUAUGUUAAGAAUAAUCGCCAACGCGAACUGUACAUCGCUUGUAAUAACAGAUAUUGUGUGCGCUGCAGAGGAGACGAAAUCUUUGUUGAGAUGAUAGAUGAGGGGCGAGUAACUUGUCUUUAUAAAAAAUAUUUCAUGUAUAGUUGAAUUAUUGGAAAUUUAUUAUCGCUAUUAUCCAACUUAAUAUAUUUAUAUUUUAUUUAGCAAUUUUAAAUAAAGGAAUGACAGCGAUAGCAAUGAAAA